AUGUGCGCGUGCGCGGCCAGCGCUGGAGAGUUUGCCAUGGCGCGCGCUGCUCGGCUGCUGCUCCGCGCGGCGCCGCGAUCAGACUGAAGCACCGGGAGCGCGAGGAGGAAGGGAGAAGGGACAGAGCGCGCGCGCCUGAGACACACGGAGAGAUAGAGGGAGUGCGCGAGGGAAGGAAAGAGAAGAGUGAAGGAGGGAAAGGAAAUAAAGGAGAGAGGGGGGCCGAUGUGUUCGUCCUGCUGCUGCCGGAGGGGCACGCGCACACACCCCGGAGCUGCUGGAGAUGCGUCGGCGCGCCGCGGAGAGGCGAGGAGCCUCGUGCACACAGGUAAAUGGAGCCCGGCUCCCCCCGCCAGCGAGGCCGUGUCAUUCAGAGACCAGCGGGCUGUGACCGGAGAGGAGGGCGCCGCUGAUAAACCUCGCGGCACGCGCCGCUUUUUUGGUGCCCGCUCUCGCGCACACACUUAAAACUAGCCCUCUGCGGCCUCGCACUGAGAAAAUGUGAUGAGCUUUUCGCUAUCAGUCCCGGCCCAAGCAUGGAUGGAGGCAAACGAGGGAGGCACGCGAGUUAAUGAGACCAUUGCUCUUGUGUUGGGGGGGUGGCUUAGGAGAGGCAAUUACAGGAGGAUUACCCGCACACUACUUCUCCAGCACGCCGGCUCGGCACGGCACGGCGAGCUUCAAGAGCCGCUAAAAACUUCUACUUCUUAUUCUUCUUUUUCUUCGCCCUGGUGGAAUUUAUUCCUUUUUUAUUUUUUGCUUUGAUUACUACCUGAAGCGGCGCUUCUGUGUUUUUACUAUUUCAUUUUUUUACACAUUUACGAUUUUUGCUGGCUGUUUUUUUUUUUUUUUUUCCUUUCCUCUUUUUCGCCUCCACGCGAAAAAAAAUGGAGUUACAGGUGCGGAUAUGGAAUAAAGAUGUGACAGCUUUUAUCAGGCCAUGGAUACCCAUACUUCUAGGCCUUCACAUGCAGUUCUCCUGGGCCACGACGUGCCCGGAGGAGUGCCGCUGUGACAGGACCUUCGUGUAUUGCAAUGAGAGGAGUCUAACUUCAGUGCCUCUUGGGAUCGGUGAGGGCUACAAGACCCUUUACCUCCACAACAACCAAAUCAACAAUGCUGGAUUUCCGCUGGAGCUGCACAACGUUGCCUCGGUGGAGACGGUGUACCUGUACGGCAACCAGCUCGACGAGUUCCCCAUCAACCUGCCCAAAAACACACGAGUGCUCCACCUGCAGGAGAACAACAUCCAGACCGUUUCUCGGGCCGCCCUGGGUCAGCUCCUGCGUCUGGAGGAGCUUUACUUGGACGAUAACUCCAUCUCCACUGUUGGGGUGGAGGAAGGGGCAUUCCGAGAAGCUAUCAGUCUCAAAAUCCUCUUCCUCACCAAAAACCACCUAAGCAGCAUUCCCAUCGGGCUUCCCGAGGAGCUCAGGGAGCUGCGUCUGGAUGAGAACAGGAUAGCCCUGAUCACGGACGACGCGUUCGAGAACGUUACCGGGCUGGAGCUCCUCCUUCUGGACGGUAACCUCCUCACGGACGAGGGCCUCGCGUCCAGAGCCUUCCAGAGUUUAUCCAGCCUGAAAACUCUGUCGAUGGCACGCAACUCCUUGAUGCUUCCGCCCCCUAACCUGCCCACCAAGUGUUUAGUCAAGCUCAACUUGCAGGACAACAUGAUGAAUGAGAUCCCUGUGACGGCCUUCCACGGCCUCCACCGCCUGGAGAGACUGGACAUUUCCAACAACCAGCUGCAGUCCCUCACACAGGGGGUCUUUGACGGCCUCCGCAGCCUGAGACAGCUCACUGUUCGUAACAACCUCUGGCACUGUGACUGCGACAUUAAAUGGGUCAUAUUGUGGCUCAAGUCCCUGCCGGCCACCCUCAACGUCCGCGGCUUCAUGUGCCAGCGGCCCGAGAGUGUGCGCGGUAUGGUAAUCAGAGAGCUGAACCUGGAGACGAUCCAGUGCCCCGGCAGCACAGCCACAGUGCCACGAUUCACCCAGCAGCCUGCGCUGGCCGUUUUUCCUACCGCUGAGUCAUCCGCCACUGAAACAGGCUUCAUCUCGCCACGUGUUCCUACUUCUAGUGUGACGUCGUCGCAAUCCACGUCAUCCGGUGCUGCUGCCACCGCCGCGUCACCAACCAGGCACACAGCACACGAUGCAAAGGAUCGAGGUAAAGAGGGUAAGGAGAGCAAGGAGACUGAACGACCGGAUGCGCCAGAGCGACCAGACGCGCCGGAGAACCCUGUGCAAGAGUCUCUGCGAGUUUCCUUCAUCGUCUUGAACAGCUCCUGCGUUCAAGUUAACUGGAUAUCCACCUUCACGGUCACGGCCUACAAGGUUACCUGGGUCAAGUUGGGUCACAGCUUGGUCAGCGAUCCCCUGCAAGAGACCGUGGUCGACGGGGAGCAGCAGGGAAUCAGACUGACCAACUUGGAGCCCAAAUCCAUCUACCAGAUUUGCGUGGACCCGCUGGAUGCUUUCAACAACUACCACCCGGGAGACGAUACCAUUUGCUCGGAGGUGAUGACCAAAUCCGCCUCGUUUGACUCGAACGAGAACGGGGCGGGACCCGAGCAGGCCAGCCAACAGGACCUCAGUUCCUCCAUCCUGCUGGCCGGCCUGAUCGGAGGGGCGGUCCUCAUCGUCCUGGUGGUGCUGCUCAGCAUUUUCUGCUGGCACGUGCACAAGAAGGAAAGGUCAGAAUCGUCCAAAUGGAAAUACAACCGCGGCAGGAGAAAAGACGACUACUGCGAGGCGGGGACCAAAAAAGACAACUCCAUCCUCGAGAUGACCGAGACUAGCUUUCAGAUAGUUUCUUUAAACAACGAACAGCUCCUCAAAGGAGACUUUCGUAUCCAACCCAUCUACACGCCCAACGGAGGCGGCAUCGGCUACAGAGACUGCCCUGUGGCCAACAACAGCACAGCUUAUUACAAGAACAGCGUUCCAGAGUCUAACCCUUGCCAUACAUGAUGGUUUUCCAAAAGGUAUCAUGAACAUCAGUGUCAGCAUCAUCCUUUGUAUUCCAGUUCAACUUAAACACACUGUAUAGUAUAUAUUUCAAAGAGGAACUGUAAAUGAUGUAAUUUAUACUCUUAUCAGUGAUAUCGCCUUCUUUUAUACCCCCAGUAAAGCGCAAAAAUCAAGUCAAUUUUGAGCCGAUUUAUGGUUUAUGAUUUAUAAUUUUACGAGUUUAUGAUUUUAUGAGUUGAUGAAUUCCUACUGUUGUGUUACUGCUCCAGAGAUAGCCUUACGAAUGAGAACAGACAUUUUUUUAAAGCCCUCGUAAAGAAAAAAGAAAAAAAUGAUCUCAUGAUGUGUCACGAUCUCAUCGAGCUGGAGUGUGUGAACGCAGAUACUUUUUACAGUUUACAGUGUUGUGCACAAUGAACAAAAAAAGACGAAGAAAAAAAAAAACUCCCAGAAAGUGCCCAGAAAUUCGUGGAUAUUUAUGUAGACGUGUAGAAAGGAAAUGGUGAAGAGCCGGAGAGCAGGGGAGUCGAGGAGAGUCGAUGAGUGUCUGCUGUGUUUGUGAGCGAGCAAAUGAGUGAGAGAGCGAGCGAGAGAAGCAAUUCACAUUAUUUAUGCUUGACUUCUUUGUUCCUUAGUCACGCCACAAGGUGGCAUCUUUUUUCAUGUCUGACAUUAAUUGGCACCUUCCAGCUGGAGCAUUCACCUGUGCACUGUGUGGACGUGUUCUGCACAGGCGGCUCUCUGCACAGAGACCUGCUUCUACCCAGGCAAAGCCAUUAAAAUGCACCUUUUUUUUUAAAGUGUUGAUGGAAAUAAGUGCAAAAACAGGUUUUCUAUUAUUAUUAAAAAGCUUAAACUUGCUGUGUGUGUAUUAGGGAUGUCAUGGUAACAGAUUGCAAAAUUCUAUGAUUGUAGAUACUAUUUUCGAUUAAAUCUUAAAUAUACCAAUUAAAUGAAUGUAUUUUAAUGUGAACACUUAUUUAAAAACAAUCCGCAAAAAUAAAUCUGCAAUUUAUUUUUCUCUAGCCGUUGGGUGAAAACUGUUUUUUCCUCUUUAAAUGAUAAAUGAUAAAAAAAAUAGCCAUAAUUGGCUUUAAACAAAUAUUAAAUACAAUAUUGCGUCCAGAAAUCCAAAACAAACUAACUUUUUGGUGGGAUUUGAUUUUAUUAAAUUACCCAGCUGUCUAAAAUAUGACAAAAAAAAAAAGAAUAAAGCCAAUGCAGUAUUUUCUCUGCAUACAUUUUGCAGCAGGAAUACUGUAUUUACAUUAUACACACACACACAUAUAUAUAUAUAUAUUUUUUUUUUUUUCAAAUUACAUGCAGCUUGAAAAUGCAAUGCCACCAUGAAUUAGAAUUUUGGAUUUUCUGGGGAGCAUAACUUUGCAAGGGGCUUUUAUUUAAGGGAUACAUAAGAGGGAAGAUAAAGCUAAAUAUUACACUUAAAAAAAUGACUUGCAUAACAGGCUAAAUUAUUUUUGAUGUUUAUUCUUAGGUAAACAAAUAUGCAGGUAAAUACAACAGGCACUACAGAGGCCUGCAAAAAGUAUAACUUUAAGUUAGAAGUAGGACAGUCCCCAGCUUAGUGUUAAUAAAAAUCUAUCACACACACGGUCUGCUUAUAUUACUGCUUAUAUCAUUAUAAGCAGAUACUUUAUUAAUACGAUGACAGGCCACUAACUGCUGUAUAAAGUUAUCAUGGUGCCCCAUCAACAAAAAUAUCACUAUGGCGAUCUGUGCAGGCGCAGUAGCCAAAUAAGCACUCGGUCGUGUUGCUAAGACGAGUAAACUGACUUGCCUACAGGUGCAUCUCAACAAAUUAGAAUAUCACUGAAAAGUUACUUUUGAAUUUCAGUAAUUCAGUUAAAAAUGUGAAACUCAUAUUAUAUCUAUUUUAAACUUUUAUUUAUUUUAUUGUUGAUGAUUAUGACUUGCAGCCAAUGAAAACCAAAAAAUAAGUCUCUUAGACAUCUUGAAAAUUAUAUAAGACCAAUUGUUACUUUUGGCUGUGUGGGCAGUGUGCCAAAUCCUGCUGGAAAAUGAAAUCUGCACCUUCAUUAUGGUUUGGAGAGACAUGUCAUCUGCUGGUGUUGAUCUACUGUGUUUUAUUAUCUUUAGUCUAAAGUCAAAAUCUUACAGCACUUCAUGCUUCCCGCUGCUACUGACAACUUUUAUAGAGAUGCAGAUUUCAUUUUCCAGCAGGACUUGGCACACUGCCCACACUGUGUACCAAAAGUACCAAUUAGUUUUAUAUAACACUCAAAUUUUCUGAAACACUGAUUUUUGGGUUUCCAUUGUCUGAAAGCCAUAAUCAUCAACAAUAAAAGAAAUAAACACUCAAAAUAGAUCACUCUGUGUUUAAUACAUCUAUAUAAUAUACAAGUUUCACAUUUUGAACUGAAUUACUGAAAUAAAGUAACUUUUCAAUGAUGUUGUAAUUUUUUGAGAUGGACAGUAUAUAGGGACUUUAACUGUAACUAAAAUUUCAGGUUACAAACAUUUUAAAGAAAUCUGUUUACCUUAAAUUCACUGUUCAGAUCUAGAUGUCCGUCUUUGAGGUAGGGUAGGUGAUUUGCUCUGUCAUAGAAGACUGUUCCAAUGUGAAGAUCUCUUCAUACAACUAGAAGUGAGAAGAGAAAAAAAAACAGUAAAAACUUGGUAAAAAUGACAGAAACAAAGCCUGCAAACAUUUUAAAUUAGGGCUGUCAACUUUAAAUCAUUAACACACACAAUUAAUGUGGAAUAAGUCAUGUUAGCAAUUUUUUAAACACAAAUAAUUAUGACACAAACUCCUUCCGUAAUCUGCCCUGCCCAACGCACAGAUUUUUUUUGUGGUGAGAACAUGAUCUGGCCUUGAUCUGCCCCAACUAUCAAAUAUACCUCUUUAUAAUUGAGCUAAACUGCUGAUAAGGUGCAGUUUAACGUAUUUUCUGCUCUAUAAGGCGCACUUAAAAUCCUUAAAAAUUUUCCUUAUGUAUGAAUUCUACCAUUCAGGUUGUAAGAAGCGGUAAAGCCACUCUUCUGAAGUGCAGAGUUAUAAGGGUGAAUUUUCAGUUAAGUUUCUCCAGCAAUAAGGCUGGAGCAGUAUUAGCAUUAGCUGCUAACUGCAGGGCUAGCUCUUUUGCCAUUCAGACGUGAGUAUAUUGUAGGGUUCCUGCAGGUCCUUUAAAAGUAUUAAAAUGUCUUAAAUUAAAAUUGUGCUAAUUAGGGUCUGAAAUUGUCUUGAAUUUACUGUAAAUUUGCUGUAGGUAUUACAUUUUCAGACAGUACUUUAAUGCAGGUGAGAAAGCACAUGCAAACUUAGCGGAUAGUUAGCUAACAUUACCGGAAAAAGAACUAAGGUUAGCGGAGAGCUAGCUAACAUACUAAUGUUAGCAGUGAGUUAUCUAGCUACAUUACCGAGGACAGACGGAGAGCUCACUAACAUAGUAACAUUAGCGGCAAGCUAGCUAACAUACUAGCAAAAUGUUAGCGGCAAGUUAGCUACAUUACCAGAAAGAGAACUAAGGUUAACGGAGAGCUAGCUAAGAUAGUAACAUAACAUUAGCGGCAAGUUAGCUAACAUUACCAGAAAGAGAACUAAGGUUAGCGGCAAGCUAACUAACAAUAGCAGGGAGCUUGAUAACAUAGUAACGUUAGCGGCAAGUUAGCUACAUUACCGAGGAGAGAACUAGGAUUAUCGGAGAGCUAGCUAACAUAGUAACGUUAGCAUCGAGCUAGCUAACAUACUAUCAUAACAUUAGCAGCCAGUUAGCUACAUUACCGAGGAGAGAACUAGGGUUAGCGGCAAGCUAGCUAACAAUAGCAGCAAGCUCUAUAAGAUAGUAAAAUUAGCGGCUACUAAUUUUUUGAUUUCCAAUACAACAAAUUACUUUGUACCAAAAGAAUUAUGACUACGUUUUUGGGUCUAAAUUAUUUUUAUUGGGGUCUUAAAAAGCAUUAAAUUUGACUUUUAAACUGGUGCAAGAACCCUGUAUUAGACUGUAGUCUGCAUGUUUACCGUGUUAAAACUGGUGCUGUGGGAUAAACCGAUAGCUGACAGAUUUAUUUUUUUUUUUAAUUCCAUUUUUUUUUAUUUAGGCACAGAUAGGUAAAUAUUUAAACUAAAUUUAAGAAGAUUUAACUUAAAUAUUGAAAUUUUAGCAGUGUGAUCAUGUUAUCUGGCGAAGUAUCUGUUCUUAUGACAUCCCUGAUAUGUAUGCAAAUAUAGUUACAACUGACAUAGCAGUGAAAUUAACUACAUACAAAACUGCAACAGCAAAAAAGGACAAAAAACAAAUAUAAAAUAGAUAAACGGGCACAGAUCUGCUUUUUUUGUUUAGUUUUUUAAGUUUAGUGUAUUUUCGCCAGCCGACAGCAGCCGCAGCUCCAGCUCUUGUAGAGUAGAGACUCAGAAUGAUGGUAACUGUCCAUUAUCACUGCGCUUUUGGAUGAACAUCCAUCCUCUUGUGAACAUUUUGUGCACUUAUGCUGCACUUAUGAGUCGGCCGAUGGUAGUCGUGUUGGGAAGUGUUAGGCUGUAAAAUGCAUCAUCAGAUCAGGUAGAUUUCUCUCUAUAUUCUGGUUUUAAUGCUCUUGUUUCAGGCUGUUGCGUUGCUACGCGUUGUGAUAAAAUAUCCAAUAUUGUGAAUCAAUAUUUUUCCUUUCUUCUUUUUUUUUUUUGCAUAUUUUUUCAUGAUUUAUUUCCAAUAAAAAAAUCAAUACACAUUUCCAUGUUGACGACUAGAGUAAGGAAUUCACCAGUCGAUGCACACUUUGCCUCUAACCUAGUGCUUUUAUUUUGUGCAGUGUGGUGAACGCUGGGAAUAUCAGUCUCUUUUUUUAUUAAUUAUUUUUAAUUUAUAUUUUUUAAUUCCCCUGCAGUGUGAAAAAAUAAAAGCCCUUCGCUGGUAAUUAUUGACGAUCAGGUCGAUGUAAAGAGCCUGAAAUAGAUAUUUUUUUGUAGCAUCGAGUGAACGUCAGUGAGUCAACACACUCUAAUAAACAUGACUGUCAAAUUAAUGUCUUAUUGAUCAGUUUUAUGAUCGCUAUGGUAGAUGGGCGUGCUCUGUUUUUUUUUCAGCUUUUCUUUAUGUGUAAGGAUGAUCAUGCAUAAUCAGAUAAGAUGUUCAUGUGAUUUCAUUUGAUUUUGCUAUUAAAGGGCCUGUUGGUCUAAUAGAAAUUA